UGAAAGAUUUAGUGUCACCAUAUGCUGAUUCCUUGCAUCAAUCCAUCCUAUUUUCUCAUCUCACAGAUCUCAAUAUUCGGCAAUGCCACCGCAUGGAGGCUCUGAUGACACCCAAGUUACUGGCACACCUACAAAACUUGCGCACCAUUGAUGUUGAUUGUUGUUGCAACAUGAAAGAAAUGGUUGGAGCUGAAGAGGAUCAUUCUGAAUUGGAACCUACAGCUGGUAGUGGCGACCUCAUGGUCCUUCUGCCUAACCAACCUACUCACCCUACUCUCAUUCUCCCCAAGUUGACAUCUCUCAAAUUAAAUUUCAUGCCACAAUUAGAUGUCGUAUACAGAGGCAUCAUGCUCUGCCCUUCCCUCCAAACAUUCUCUGCUAAUAGUUGCCGUCAACUAAAUCACCCUCAGAUAGCGAUCUCAAAUGAUGGAGGUGGGCUUCUGAUGGAGAAAACCCCAACUGGAUACCGUUGGGGAAUUAAUAUUGAUUAUGUUUAUGAUUCUGAUUGAAUCUCGGCAAUUUAAGAAUAUUGUUACCGUUUGUGUGUACUUAUCCUCAAGCUUCAAAUGUACUGAUAAGCUUCUCAUCUCUA